CGAGGGAAAGUGAGAGAGAGAGAGAGAGAGAGAGAGAGAGAGGAUCGGAGGAGAGAGAAGCAUAAGCAGUGGGGGGUUUCUUUGAAAUAGAUCUGAAAUUUCGACAUCCCUACCUCUGUAAAUCCCUUCAGAUUUCCUCCUCCUUCACGCAAUCAACCUUGUCGAUCUAAUUCCAUCACAUUUUUCUGUAAAUAUAACCGUAUUUCUGACAUUCCUACGUUUCUUCGAACCCAUGUACGUGCUCUGCAUAGUAUGUGACGAAUCCUCAAAUGGGUUCCAAGAAAAAAGCAGGUUCCCUUAAAUCUCCUUCUCGCUCUGCUUCUCAAGACAUGGACGUGUCGAUUCAAGAGUUUCUACCUCUUGCAGGACUCCGGGAGAAGCAUCAACUGGAACUUGAGAAUUUGACACUAACCACAGAACCUGUCAAAACGGUGAAGUUUUUUGUUUUGGCUGUUCUUCAGUAUCUUAAGAGAACAGUAUUGUAUCUUUUGGCACAUGGCGGUUGGCUCAUGGUUCUGUGCACUAUUGGGGUUCUUGUUGGAAUACUGCUAUUGACCAUUGAUGGCCCCCAUGAAAAGCAUGUUGAGGAGCUACGUCAAUAUUUUCAGUUUGGAUUGUGGUGGGUUGCUCUUGGCGUUGCAUCUUCUAUUGGUCUUGGAUCUGGUUUGCACACUUUUGUUCUUUAUCUGGGUCCUCAUAUUGCCUUGUUCACCCUAAAAGCUAUGCAAUGUGGCCGAGUUGAUAUCAAAAGUGCUCCAUAUGAUACAAUACAAUUGAAGAGAGGCCCUUCUUGGCUUGACAAGGAUUGCAUAGAAUUUGGGCCCCCAGUGUUUUCGUCUUUAGAAAGUAUGCGGGUGCCAUUGAGCAGCAUAUUACCUCAGAUCCAGAUGGAGGCUAUUUUAUGGGGCUUUGGGACUGCUCUUGGGGAACUUCCUCCAUAUUUUAUCUCCAAAGCAGCAAGUAUGCCCGAUGGCCAACUGGAAGCCCUUGAAGGAUUGAAUGCGUCCUCGUCUGAAAAUAGUGGGGUCAUAGCUACUCGUCUAAAUCAGAUCAAGCGUUGGUUCCUGUCACACUCGCAAUAUUUAAACUUCUUUACUAUUUUAGUGCUUGCUUCGGUUCCAAAUCCUUUGUUUGACCUCGCUGGCAUUAUGUGUGGACAAUUUGGGAUUCCUUUCUGGAAGUUUUUUGUUGCAACAUUAAUUGGAAAGGCGAUUGUUAAAACUCACAUACAGACAGUGUUCAUUAUCUCAGUUUGCAAUAAUCAACUUCUUGACUGGAUAGAAAACGAGAUGAUUUGGGUGCUUGGCUUUAUUCCUGGUUUGGCUUCUGCGUUGCCUAACCUUGUUUUUAAAUUGAAAGCAAUGCGAGCCAAGUAUAUGGCAACCCCACCUCCCACGUCCUCAAAAAUCAAGGUGAAGAAGUGGGAUCUUUCAUUCACUUUGAUUUGGAACACUAUCGUGUGGCUCAUGAUUAUGAACUUCUUCGUUCAGAUUGUAACCUCUACUGCACAGAGGUAUCUUAAGAAACAGCAGGAAAAGGAGUUGGCGUCGAUGCAGUCAAAUGAGUCCUGAUUUGCGCACCCCGAAAAACUCUCUUCUUCGAAAGUCCUUUUUAGAGACUUGUAUAGGAAGAUCAGAGGUUACUGGUUUAUUUAUCCUGUCAUUGGGGAACCAUUGUUUUGGGAACCAUUGUUUUGGGGGAAGAAAGUUAAGUACUAGUGAUAGCUAUUGUUGGAAUUGGGGAGAUUAGAUACUUGAUUUUUUUUGGCAAUGCAAGACAAGAACUCAUUUGCUUGCCAUGCUCCUUGUGUUUUGGAACUGUUAAGAGAUGAUUAUGAAAAAUAGAAGAGCU